AUGUCGGAGAGGAUCUUCCCGAAAACCAAGCCGAUGGAAGAUAGUGUGGCGUUGUCAUUGAUAGAUGCAACAACAGUGAACUUCUCAACGUCGUGUGCCAUUUGGCUCUGGGAAAAGCCUGAUACACAACGAGAUGGGUUUGACUUAACAGGCCACUUUCGUCAAUCGCUCAGAGCCGCUCUCGACGCAUAUCCCCAGUGGACGGGUCAUCUGAGGAGCAUCAUGUCUCUUGAUCCGUCUCAAUUGCCGGCGGAGACCGCAAAAUUCGCUCGACAUGCGCGCCGAUAUGGCCGAGUCUAUGUUCAUUAUGGCACAUCUUCGGAUUCGGGUGUUGAAUUCGUUACUGCCCAGAGUACGGCCACCCUGGAUACAUUAUGUCCGGCUUCAAGGCCGUUAGAACACCCAAUAUAUAAUCGACAAGAAGUUUCACUAGAUGACCUGGUGCCCUCAGUUGCAGUCGCCAAUGCUGUUCAACCUAGGCUUCCCGAUGUAGCCGGCGUUCUCCCACCCUUGAUGGCUGUUCAAAUCACUCAUUUAGCCUGCGGGGCAUUUGCAUUGUCAGCGAAACUGGGACACCCCCUGGGCGACAUCUCAUCACUUGUCCAUUUUGUAAAGGACUGGGCGACCAUUAGCCGCUGGAUUCUGUCGGGUUCAAUCCCGCCUGCUCCACUGUUAGAGCCUAUCUUCGAACCAGAUCAACUCGACUCUAUUGCUGCCGCAGAUAUCAAUGCAGAUACCCCGGACCCGAAUAUUCUCAAACAAGCCGCAACUCUCCCCUUGCACCGCUACGACUGGUGGAUCUCCACAGUCGGCUGUCCCUGGGAAGCAGUCAUCCCCGAGGCAUAUAGAUCGCAAGAGAUCCACCCGAUCGGCACCUCCAUGCCUUGGUCUGAAUGGGACUCUGAAUCACCCGUCUCCCAUUACGUUAUCCACCUUACUUACGAGCAGGUGGAAAUAAUAUGGAAUUCCGCAAUCAAAGGGAGUCCUCAAGAGAGUGGGGCCCUUCGGAUCAGCCGCCACGAUACAGUUCUAGCACAUAUAUGGUCCUGCAUCGCUCGGGCCCGUAACCAACACGAAGACUCGGGGCCCAUCCAUUGUGACCUCACUCUCGGAUUACGACCCGCCCUUCAUCUCGAAGAGCGAUUCGUUGGAUCACCGAGCAUGAUGGUGAAUAUCGAAAUGACUGGGACGCAACUCGCAUCAUCCAAGACUACUGCAGAUGAGCGGAUGCGGGAGGUUUCCCAGAGCAUUCGCAAGACUGUUAACCAGAUGACCCAGCCAGCUGCUAUUGCUGCACACCUACAUAGCUUGGCUUAUGAGACGUGUCCGCAGCGGAUCUGGCAGGCUUUUCUUGGUUCCCGACAUCUUCUUGUUACGAGCUGGGCUCGAGCGGGUAUUUAUGAUGUUGAUUUUGGGCUGAGUGAGUCGCCCAAUAUUAGGUAUGCCGAGGGCGUUAUACCGGACUUAGAUGGAUGUGUUCUCAUCAAGGAGGCGCCACCUCCGCAGGAUGUUGAUGGCUUGGGCGGGAGUUGGACACAUAAUGGGGUUGAUGUGUCGGUGCAUAUCCGGGCGCAAGAUAUGGAGCGGUUAAUCAAGGAUCCAUUACUUCUUCCGAAAUGA